GGAAGUGGGCCAGGGGGAUCCCAGCUAGGGGUGUAGCGAGCCUGCAGCCAGUACACCUGCUCCUUCUUUUACCCCGGGCUGGGGGCGGGGCGUUGGUGGUGGUGGUGGUGGGAAAUAGGGCUGGGGGCUGGGCUUCCCGCUUCCCCUUUAAGAGGCCGGAUUACCCUUCUGACGUCAGAGUGUCUGUCUCUGCACCGCCAAGCAGAGCCUCGGAUAACCUGCUCACGCCGAGGGAGGGAAGGAGGCAGGCAGGCAGGCAGGCAGGCAGAGCGAGUCACUGGCUGCAACUCGCGGGGUGCCCGCCGAGAAUAUUCCCCUCCUUCCUCUCCCUUCUUCCUCCCCCGCUUCGCUUCUCCCUCUCUCCCAGCAGCACCCCCAUCCUGAGCCUCCCCACCCCUCCCGGGGAUCAGGAGGCGGCCGCCACUGCAUUCCUGCAGCCACCCCGCUCUGCUCCGGGAGCCCCCGCCUCCGCAGCCCCAGGCAGCAGCAAUAGCAGCCGCCACCGCCACCGCAGCAGCAGCAGCAGCAGCAUCGCGCAUCCCGGGCUAUUCCCCCACCAUGUCUGUGGCUGGGCUGAAGAAACAAUUUCACAAGGCUACUCAGAAAGUGAGUGAGAAGGUUGGAGGUGCAGAAGGAACCAAGUUAGAUGAUGAUUUCAAAGAAAUGGAGAGGAAAGUGGAUGUUACCAGCAGGGCUGUGAUGGAAAUAAUGACCAAAACAAUUGAAUAUCUUCAACCUAAUCCAGCUUCUAGAGCUAAACUCAGCAUGAUUAAUACAAUGUCCAAGAUCCGAGGUCAAGAGAAAGGACCAGGCUAUCCUCAGGCUGAGGCCCUGCUUGCAGAAGCCAUGCUGAAGUUUGGAAGGGAGCUUGGUGAUGAAUGCAACUUUGGCCCAGCCCUUGGUGAUGUAGGGGAGGCCAUGAGGGAGCUUUCAGAGGUAAAAGAUUCUUUGGACAUGGAAGUGAAGCAAAAUUUCAUCGAUCCUCUCCAGAACCUCCAUGAUAAGGACCUACGGGAAAUACAGCAUCAUCUAAAGAAGUUGGAGGGUCGACGCCUGGAUUUUGAUUACAAGAAGAAAAGGCAAGGCAAGAUUCCAGACGAGGAGCUUCGCCAAGCUUUGGAGAAAUUUGAUGAGUCUAAAGAAAUAGCGGAGUCGAGCAUGUUCAACCUCCUGGAAAUGGAUAUUGAACAGGUGAGCCAGCUCUCUGCUCUGGUACAAGCCCAGCUGGAGUACCACAAGCAGGCUUCCCAGAUUCUGCAGCAAGUUACUGUCAGGCUUGAGGAAAGGAUAAGAGAAGCUUCAUCUCAGCCCAGAAGAGAGUAUCAGCCUAAACCUCGCAUGAGUCUGGAGUUUUCAUCUGGAGACAAUAGUCAGCAUAAUGGAGGCUUGUCUCAUACUAGCACUCCUAAGCCAUCAGGUGCCCCAAUGGAUCAACCCUGCUGCCGAGCUCUGUAUGAUUUUGAACCUGAGAAUGAAGGCGAGCUGGGUUUUAAGGAGGGCGAUGUCAUUACCCUCACCAACCAGAUUGAUGAGAACUGGUACGAGGGGAUGCUUCAUGGUCAGUCAGGCUUUUUCCCUAUCAAUUAUGUGGAGAUUCUGGUUGCCCUGCCUCAUUAGAAUGUUUGGCUGACUGGCUUACCAACUCGUGGCCCAGGUAGUUCAGUUUAAUGCCACUGCUUUGGAAAUGCUGCUUUAAGCACCUCCCAAGUACAAGCCACAGUGGUCAAUGUCACCCAGUCCCACUGAGCAUCUUUGGUUCCCAUUGGCUGCCCUGCUCUGGCCAUGGUGAUGGACGAUAUCUUCCUGCACAAUAAAUGGCACAUGCGACAUGCUUGCCAAACAAGGCCAGCCCAUGGUCACAGCCAAAAGUUGUUUGCACACUGUAGGGAGACUUGUCACCCUGAGGCAUGACCAGGAGGCUAAAUGCAGUUAAUCCAUCCUAAUGAAGAUAACGUCUAUCACCUGGAGGUCAUUUUCAAGCCUCUGCUCUCCAUUCCAAGAGAGAAAUGUUCUUACCACUCUGUGUCCCCCUUCCCAGGAUCCCCAGAUCACUAAGCUGUCUGAUAUUGCUUCACCAGCACAUUAUCUUCUGACCAGAAUGAAUAAUAGUCUUGAAAUGUGGUCAGUGAAAAAGGUACAAUAGAAGUUUAAAGGCUUUUCUGAAAACCAACUGUCUUUUGUACCCAUUAUUUUGUACCCUUUAUUGACACAUCACAAGUUUUCCUCUUCCUUUCUCUUAAAGAAAAGUCUUAUUUGAUUUCCAGGGGAAAGAUGUCCCCAGAUGAGGGGAAGAAACAUCCUGCAAUGAAGCAGAAAGCGGCUUAGGCUGCCAAAUAAAAUGUGCUUGCUCUGCAUAAAUAAUGCAUGAGAUCAUAAUGUUUCUACUGGAUAGCCAGGCACAGAGAGGGCACAGGAGGGAAGAGGAAGGAGGGCAGGGAGAAGAGAUGCAAUUUUACUUGUGUGUGUUCCCUGUGAUACUUUGACUUAAGUAAAGCACCAAGAAUUAUUUAUCUCAUAUUCAUAGACCAAGAAAUCAGUGUACUCUGUUUAUUCUCUUUCCACUGUUCCCUUGUAUUCUUUGAACAUCAUUUGUGCAUAUUCUGCCCUCAAUGAGGACUAAAUAAUGAUUUUUUAUUUUUGUGUGUGCUGAGCAAUUCAAGGUAUGUGGCUCUAGUCAGCUCUCUUACUUCCCUUCCCUUCUGGCCUCAUUGUGUGUGUACAGUGCUGUGUGUAGCUUUAUUGGUAUUUUUUUUUUGUAAUGGUUGUAAGAGUACUCUUAGUUGAGUUCCUCAGAGUUCUAUUUAUCUAAACUGUACAGCCCCUUUCAGAGAUUUAAUGUGCCGCUUCGGAUGUGCCAUGUCCAUCCUGGAUCAUGUGAAAUGAAAGACCAGCUCCUCUUGCUUCAUGUAUAAACUAUCACAGAAAGCAUUGCUGUUUCCAAUAAACAACGCGGACAAACAAA